AUGGACUCGGGAGGAGGUGGCGCCUCAUUAUCCGAACCUUCAGAACCCCCAAAGCCCAGGAUACUAUUCACACUGCCGCCGAUUCCUUGGCAAGUCAGAAGAGAGUACAUUGAAAGAUUGAAAGCACAGAAUACUCCUAAGAAAAUCACACGAAAAUUCAGUCAAGUGGUAACGCGUUCGGCCGAUGGACCACAGGAACCCGCACCUGAUUACCUUCACGCCAACCCUUCUGAUCAGCCGCAGGCAAAAAGACGACUCGAAGUAAUGGCCAAGUACUUGGGUCUAGAGUCUAAAGCAGCUGUUCAGAAUUGGAUGGAAUCGCGCGAGUGGAGACCCCAUUGGCAAGAGUACUAUGAAGCAAGUGUGAAUCCUCGCCUGGUUCGGAAUGCAGAUCCCCACUUCCAUGGAACGAAGUCUGCUGGACCCAAGCUUUCUGAGAUCCAGAGAGAAGUGGCUAGUGGAGAGGCUUAUGGCAGAUGCAAGUAUUCGAAUUUCAACAUUGAUAAGACUGGCUGGGGAGAUCUUCAACACGCAGCACUCGCCUUAUACCGGAUGAGCAAAGUCAACAUGGACACCAGGAACGGCAUUUUCUAUGGAAAACAAAUGGAGAUGAAGGACGUUCAGGUUCGUGUGUGGCUACCAGUGCCCACAGAAGUGACCAAGGCUUCAACAGCACUGAAAAACAGAGAUCAACCGGGUUCAUUGAAAUAUCUCCUACCACACCAGGUUCCUCUUAAGGUAGAACAGAUGUCAGUCCAGGAAAUGACCGAAGAAGGUGGCUCCCCUGCCUCGCCAACAGCCGAGCUCGACAGAGACAUUCAGGACAAUGGUGUCGCUUCACCGGAAAAUACACCCGCGAAAAGGCGGAAACUAGCAUAUGUCAAUUAA